AUGAAUGACACAUCGGUGUACACAAGGACUUAUGGACAUACGCGGCCCGCGUCGCGCGCUCACGUCAGGGCGGUGCGAGCCUCGCGCCGCCAACAUCCGCGCUGCGGCCAGCGAGCGACAGUCAGUUCGGCGCCGACAGCCAACACGCGCAGACGUUUACACAGCCAAAUGGCCGCCGCCCACACGCACCAGGCCCCCGCACCCUCCGACCGCCGUCCGGAGGGUCGCGCCGGAUCCCGCCGAAUUUUCCCACCACAAUUCAAGCUGCAAGUUCUCGAAGCGUACAGGCGCGAUGCCCAGUGUCGCGGCAAUCAACGAGCGACGGCCAGGAAGUUCGGCAUCCAUCGUCGUCAGAUUCAAAAGUGGCUCCAAGCCGAGCCAGCGUUGAGGGCAGCUUUGUUAAGGAGAGCACCGCAACCAGCGCCGUCGCCGCCGCCUUACUCCGCGGGCUCCCCCGAAAGCGCACGACUACCGUCGCCGCCUCCGCAACAACAACCCCAGCAGCAAGCGGCUCUACCUACGCCGGUGCCGAUUCCGGCGCCAAUACAUGUGGCUACACCCAUCGCCACGCCGAUCCUUUUGACACCGUCCACCGCAGAGCCCAUAGACCUCUCGCUAAGGCGGCUCUCAUCGCCAGCGGCACCAAUCGCCACGUACCAUCCACCUCCACCGGAGCCACCGAAGAAGCCGUUCAAACUCUUCCGACCCUACCUUCUGGAGGACGAAGAGAAGAGGCCGGCUGUGGCGUCGCUGCCCGUGUCGAACGGCGUACACGUGUCCGCCUUCAUGCCAGUGCAGAGCGCCGCGCUGAGCACCUGCUCCGCGCCACGCUGGUGCGCCCCAGCCUUCGCUGCGCCGCUCAGA